AGUCAUAUUGGAAAUUGUGAACAACUGAUUGACUGUCUAAAUCACAAAGAUAUUCUUAAAGUAAACUUUUCUAUUAAAACUGUGGAAAUGGAGAUCGAGGCUACCUACAUAGCUUUUGUAGUAUAUGUAUUAAACCCAUCCAAUUUCUGGGUACGCACUAAUGACCAUCAGAAUAAAUUUCAAUAUAUAAUGAAAAACAUAAACAAAUUUUAUGAUUUAUGUGAAAAUGAUGAACUAAUUCUAAGGAAUCCUAAGCCUGGAUUAUUUUGUUGUGCUAGAUACAGCAAGGACAAGCAUUUUUACAGGGCUGUCAUCACUGAAGUUAGCGGUUAUAAGAUUAAUGUUUAUUUUUUAGAUUAUGGAAAUACUGAUUCAAUACCAUUUUUUGAUGUGAAAAUUUUGCUUCCAGAAUUUUGUGAGUUGCCUGCGUUAGCCAUGUGCUGUUCACUUGCACAUGUAUUUCCUAUUGAGGAUUUAUGGGUAAAAGCAGCAAUUGAUUAUUUUAAAAAGAUUGUUUUGAACAAAGCUGUUUUGCUUCAAGUUAUAGCAAAAAAGGAUGCUAAGUAUACUGUAAAGAUUCAGAGUAUUGAAGCCUCAGAAAAUGUUGAUGUUGUUUCUCUUAUGUUACACGCUGGCUAUGCAGAAUAUUGGGAAGUAUCACCAGAAUGUUUUCCAAAAUCUGUAAGGGAGCAUCCAAUGGUAAAAUCUAAAAGCGGUGCUAAUAUUAGAAAAGUUGUAUCUACUCCUCUUAAUGUGCCUGCAUCUAAAGUAUACCAUUCAAAUAACCUAGAGAAAAGUAACUUGUCUUUGUUAAAGUACUCGACUGUUAAUUUAUCAGAUUUAAAAACUCCUUUAUCCAUAUUUCUUGGGCCUGAGUCAAUAUGGCCUUAUAAAGAAUAUAUGUUUAAACCAGGAACAAUUCUGAAAGUUAAAUGUUCUUAUUACUGUGGUCCAGAUGACUUUUCAUGCCAGCUACAGUGUAAAUUAGAAGACCUAAAAUUGCUAAUGGAACAAAUUCAGAAUUAUUACAGCAUCCAUUCUGAUCCUUAUGAAAUUGGACAGAUUCCUUGUGUUGCUAAGUAUUCCAAAGAUGGAAAGUGGUAUCGAUGUGCUGUUUUGACACAGGUAUCAAAAAGACAUGUUUACAUAAGAUUUGUUGACUAUGGUUACCAAGAAAGAGUUUUAAUUAAAGACCUUUGUGCUAUCAACCCACAAUUCCUUAUUUUAGAAAGCCAAGCCAUCAGAUGUUGUCUUAACCAUUUAGUUGAACCUAUUAGUUGUAAAUUAUUCCUUUGGACAAAAACAGCAUCCAAAGACUUGGAAAAUUUUAUUUUUUCAUCCAGAGGAUUAUUGACUUGUAUCAUCUAUGCAUUAGUUUUUAUACAUCCAAACUGUUUGUGUAAUUUAGUAGAUUUACAAUCCUCAUUUACUAGUGCAAAAGAAUUUCUUGUGAAUCGUGGUUUUGCACAGUAUAGCACAUUAUCAAAGCCGCUUCCACCAUCUAUUAGUCUUUACAGUUACUAUUAUUCUUCCUUUAAUUUGAAGAUUGGAAGUAUAGAAGAAAUAUACAUAUCUCAUGUAUUUAGUCCCCAAAAAUUUUAUUGUCAACUUAGCAGAAAUAAUGCAUAUCUAGAGAUGUUAGAAACAAAAAUCACUGAGGUUGUUAACCUCAAGAAUUAUCCAAAAUAUGACUCUAGUAAAAUGAGACUGUGUUUAUGCAAGUAUGUAGACGAUGGUUUUUCGUAUAGAGCCUUAGCAAUACCAACAAAUUCGUCAUCUGGCUUUUUAGUUCAUUUUGUGGAUUUUGGAAAUAAGCAAUUAGUAGAAGAAAAUAUGUUGAGGGCCAUUUCAGAUCAGUUUCCAGAGUUGCUGUUUACACCUAUGCAAGCUAUUGAAUGCUUUCUGUCAGAUCUUAGAGAUGUAGAUAUUCCAGCAGAAAUCAGUGGCUGGUUUGAAGAAAACUUCUUGGGGAAACCUUUAAAGGCAGUCAUAUUGUCUAGGGAGACAGAUGGACAGCUUGGCAUAGAAUUGUAUGAUGGAAGCCAACAGAUAAAUCAAAGAAUUAAAAGAUGGCUUUAUACGUACAGAAAAAAGCAUUCAGCCCAAACAUCUUGUAUGGAGAAGGGUCAUAAAAUAAGUGGGAAUAAGAUACUUGCUGCUGCUUUGAAAGACAAGAUAGAAAGCAACUAUUACCAUCAUAUAAUGGGUAGAACUAGUAUUGUAACAUACUCCAAUAACCAAAUACAUCACUUAAUGCAGCCCCAAAAUGUGUAUGCUACACUUUUGAAACCACCAGUUUGUUAUAAAAUUGAAACUGUGUCAAAAAACAAAAUGAAGAAAUCUUUGAAUGAUGGACUUAAAAAUAAAGAUAUAAAAAUAGUCCCUGCACCUGCACAGAUGUUUGAGGAAAGUGAAGUAGGAGAAAAAGCAGUAAAGGUUCUGUCACCAUCUUUCGUGCGAGAGUUGAAUCAAGCAGCAUCACAGAACUCAUGCAGCCUUGUUAGACCACAGAUCAAAUAUCUUCCUCAACCUCACAUUUACUUGAACUCCAAAGUUAGAGGAUAUGUUUCUCAUAUCAACAGCCCAGCAAGUUUCCAUAUUCAGCUUGUUGAGAGUGAAAAUGUGAUCUUGAGACUUGCAGAUGCUCUAAAUGAAAGACAAGCAAAUAGGGUGAAUAAGAGAAAAUCAAUUAAGCCGUUGGUGGGAGACCUUGUGGUUGCAGAGUACCCUGGUGACAGUGCUCUUUACAGAGCAGUUAUUAAGAAAAUUUUGCCAGGUAAUUAUUUUGAAGUAGAAUUUGUCGAUUAUGGUAAUACUUCAAUGGUACACAUUUCUAAAAUUUAUGAACUGAAGAGAGAAUUCUUAGCUAUCCCUCAGCUAGGAAUCCAUUCUUUUCUUAGUGGAGUAAAAUGGAAUGAGCCUGAUGAAAUUUGGGACAGCAAAACUGUGAAUUAUUUUGCCUCAAGAGUAAGUAACAAAAUUGUAUCUUGUGAAUUUUUGAAAAAGUGUGAGCAUAAAUGGGAAGUUAAUAUAAAUUGUGAUGGAAAGUGCAUCAUCAGUGAAUUACUGAAAUGGACAGCAUGUUCAAAACUACAGAAGGCAGUGUUGCAUAAACCUCCAAUUGUCUCUCAGAAUGUGAACCCUGGGGAUACUCAUGAAAUGAACAAAGGAAGAUCAAAUGAAUAUGAAUGUUCCGUGACCCUCCAACCAUCCUGCCAACAGCUGGUUAAAAUUCCUUUUGAAGAGUUAAAACCUGGACAGCUUGAAAGAGCUGAAAUACUUUAUAUUUCAAAAAGUGGAAGAUUUUAUGUGAAACUAUCCAAAAAUAAAAAAAUAUUUUCAGAUUUAACUGUGUUAAUUACAAAAGAAGAGAAGAAAAGCUCUUUUUUAUCAGUAGAACAUAUUGAAAAAGGCUUGGAAUGCUUAGCAAAAUCUAAGAAGUCCCUGAAAUGGUACCGAUCAAAAGUAGAAGCAAAGUAUGUUGAUGAGAAAGUGCUGGUUUUCUUGGUAGAUAUGGGUAGGUAUGAAAUAGUGCCUUUCUGUACUACCAAGGUGCUCAGUGAUGAGCUCAGAAAUAUUCCAAGGCAAGCUGUUCCCUGUAAAUGGGUUUGGUUUAAAAAUUCCAAGAAUGUAUCAUUUGAGUCUAUUGUAUUUUUAUUCGCUCAUUUGGAAAUAAACAUUCUUUUCCUGAAAUAUUCAGACUGUGCUUGGGAAGUAGACAUUUUGAUAGAUGGUAUGUUACUUUUGGAAUAUUUAAAUUUGAGUACUAUUCAGGCUGAAGAAAACAAAUGUCGGCCUUCAGGAAUUACUUUCAACACAGAAUCUCAAAAUCCUGUGUCAUCAUGUGCAGUAAGAUCGUUUACUUGGGCACAACUCCAAAAUGGUAGACAGUAUUCUGGUAUUGCCACUGCUGUUUCUGAUCCAACAAACUUCUGUGUUCAAUUAGAAGAUUUUUUUGACACAAUGAAAUGUCUCUUUAUGUUGCUUUCUGAUCUACCAGAAACUUUACAAACUGUGCCUCAAGAGCACAUAGUUCCUGGUUCUACUUGUUUGUUCAAAUAUGAAUUGGAAGAUCAGUGGAUGAGAGUAGAGAUUUCUGAUAUCUCUGAUAGGUCUUUGCAUCUUAUGUUGGUGGACUGUGGGCUUUCUGUUCAUAUACCUUAUUCAGACACAGUCAAUCUGAAAGUUGUUCCUGAGAAACUUUUGAAUUUACCAAGGCUCAGUUAUCCAUGUAUCUUAAAUGGCAUCUUACCUGCUAAAAGUGGAUACUGGAAUGAUGAAGCCAAAAGGUUUUUUCAAGAUUUCCUAAGUAAACCAGGACUAGUUUUUCAGUUUAGGGAAUGUGGUUUUCAGAAGAAACUGGAAGUAGAUGUCACUCAUGAGGAGAACGAUUUGGCACAUUUAUUAGUUGCAUCUGGUCUUGCAGUAUAUUCUAAAGAUUUGGUGAAUAUUGAAGGAAUUUCUGCUCCUGCAUCUACAAACAUCCACUAUAUAUUUCAGAGUGAGGCUGUUUGCCCUUUGCUAGAUCAAAAGCAAUGUGUAACUGGGAAACAAAAUCUGAAAAAACAGAAACCUGCCAAGAGGAAAGGCGUGUAUAAUAAUCUCUUAAGAAAGAGCAAGGUUAGUAAAAGAUUACAUUCUCGAAAUUUUGCUGUAAGAAAAAAAGUUGGGAGCAAAAGCCAUAAUCCCUCGAGUCUCAUCCCGUUUGGUGCAUGUGCAGCUGCCUCAUGUUUGGUACUGUCGGAUGGCUUCAAGAAUAGCUCCAGUUACUUAGAAAACAUUUUUGCAAAACUGCCAGCUGAAGGAAUAUGGAAAAAUAGUAGCACAAUGGACUUGAAAGCAGUGGUGAAAGUGUUUGGUGUUGAGGAAAACAUUACACCAAAAGAACAUUAAGAGGUCUUCAGAUCAAGAGUAGUUACACUUGAGGAACCACUUCUGGGGACUCUGAUCUGUACCUGGGCCUUAUUUAGAUGAUUGGAUCCAAGACUUUGAGCUGAUGUCAUGACACAGUGACACUUUGGACAUCUUAAGGAAGCGUUUAGUAUAUUCCGCAUAUUGGAAUGAUAUGAGCUGUGACCAGAGGACUGACUGUUAACUUGUGUUUUCCAGUGAUUGUCUUGACGCUAUUCCCAUGCCACAUGUUUUGAUUCACUGUGAUGUGAUCGCUCCCCAUCAAAUGGUGUAGUGUAAUUAUCCUUUUCUUGGAACUAGAAGGACUUGUGGCUGUGGUGUCUGGUGGAAGUGAUGGCAUGUAACAUUACAAGGUGGGCUGCAAAAAGGUGCACUUGCUUCUGGAACUCUGUUCUGUUGCUUGAGAAAUAUAGAAUUCUAAUGCAGGCUAUAUAAAAGCCAAGUUUGAUGCUUAGCUAUAAAGUCUUGUUUUAGCUGAGUCAUCCUUUCGGGCUAUGCAUGCGUAGCAUGUAGAGACAAGCCACGGUUGUGGUGAGCUGUCCAAAUCCUCAAGUUCCAGGGUAUGUUAACUUCAGUAAAUAGUUAUCUUGUAUGUAUUGAACCUUGAAGUAGUUAACUGGAACAACUGGGUAACAGGAAACCAUAUUAUAGUAAUUAUAAUAAGAUUUGUUAAAUGUUGGAUAAGUAAGAAUAAAAAAGACAGUAUGUUAAAAUGCAAAGUAAGCUUCAGUGAGAAAGGUUGUACUGCUAAUUUUAGCUGUGUGGUGACUUGCUUAUUUAUUUGUUUCUGAAAACCUAAGGUGGCUUUGUCUGAGUUCUAAAUGUACCAGUACAUGUAUGUUUGAACUGGCUUGUAGCAUUUCAUUUGAUUUGAGAUUUGUUCUCUUAUUUGAUUAAAAAUUCAGUAUACCUGG